AUGGUUAGGACUAGAGGAUUAGGCCAUGCCUUAGGUAGGGUUGUUGAUAUAGGUCUGGGGAGAGGGGAUCAUCAAGAUUCUGACGGUGCUCCCCAGCGUCGAAGGCCAACCACAUCGGCACGCAGGCGACCGGUACUUGUCAUUGUUGUCGAGGAUGUACUUGCAGACUCGCUUGCGGUACCAGAGGUUGAGCCUGUUGUAGCUGGCGAUGCGCCCAUGGUAGAUGCUGAUGCACAAGACACUGGUGCAGAGACUGACGCACAAGAUACCGGUUCAGAGGAUGAUGCAGAUGAGCUUGAGGGAUUUCCUGGUGGACCCAGGGACCCAUCAGUGCUUACGGAGUAUGCUGAGCAUGUUGCAGCCAGUGAACGUCUUGAGUUGAAGUUAUCCUCCCACGGGAGAAAGGUGCAUAACUUAGGCAUGCCUGUUCCUACAAUUGAAAAGAUGGUUGCUGGGAUAGAAUUAAGUCCUUUGAUCGUGUGUUCAGUAGACACCGGUGAUCGGGGACUUAUAUCCUCGGGAGACGAGUAUUUUCCAUCUUCCAGUGGGGGAGGUAUCCAUCAUGUUGGACGACGUCGUGUCUCUUCUUCAUCUGUCGAUCGUUGGCGCAUUCAUGACUUUCAGCCUCUGCACAGCGACGAGGCAGUGCUGCUGUUGGUUGAGUUACUGAUGGUCUCACCAGAGGUAGCCAUGGUCGAGACAGGACACUGUGGUGGACUAUACGCACACCUGCAGUGGCUACGAGACGUAUACCAGUGUAGAUGUCAAAUCCAGCACUGGACAGCUAUAGCUCGUGCUUAUCUUCUGCAUCUUCUGGGUUGCACUCUUUUUGCUAAUAAGAGUGCAACCCAUGUUCAUGUUGUACACUUAUACGCCCUACGUGACCUCACUCUUACUAGGAGGUAUGCAUGGGGAGCUGUUGGCCUCGUCCAUAUGUACGAUCAGCUUAAUGAUGCCAGUAUCAGCACCAACUGA